AUUACAAUUUACUAAUACCCAAUAAAAGGAACCCUAAUUUGGUGCAGUAGCCGUUAACCUUUUCCGCGGGACGAUGACGGACAUUAUUGCUUCCAACAGUCUUACCUUGGCUCCGGCCAAAUGGGAAUUCAGUUGUGACUUGGAAGUGGAUUUUCAAUCUGACAGAAAAGCAAAUAUUGUCUGCUCGUCGUUGGCUGUCGAUAAGGAGUUGCAGCCAGACAAGGUGAAACGAGAAAUGUCUGUUUCUGAUGGAAAGCUUUCAGUGUAUGCACGAAACCCUGUCCAAUGCUAAAAAUCUUUGAUAUAUUUUUUAACUUCCGUUUUUUGACCUUCUGAGGCUGGGGUAGCUGGUUCCGUUAUUAACCUCUGUUUUAAUUAGUUUCUAAGAUUUUGAGUUCUAGGUUGUUAUAAUGAAAAGAGUUGGCUGAGAAUGUGGAAGGAAUGUAUCUGAGGAAGUCAAAAUCGGUUCGGAAUGCUUACUUCUUAUUGCAUUUUUGUAAUCUUUUAUGUUCAGGCACUUCGAGGCGACUGAAGCAAGAUUUUUGCGGGCAUCAUUCAGCGCUUUUGUUGACGUUCUUACACUUGCCACGAAAACAGUAGAAGAAUUUGGGCAAGGAAUGGAAUUGUGACAUCCUAUGAGAAAGUUGUGGAUUUUUGAGUAGGUGCAUCUUUUGUACCAUGAUUACGACGAUUUGAAGCUGUUGGUACGAUGUAAUGUUCCAUUUGACUGCUGAAUCAAAAAGAAAAUGAACAAUGUUGUCUAGAUAUUGAAUCGUUGGUCCUUCAAUCAACUUCACUAUUUUAAAUUUUUAAUGAUAAGUUACAGAUUAUUCAGUGCAGUGCUUUACUCGUG